CCUUUCUUCAAUGGAGCUAACUAUGCCUAUUGGAAGAAUAGAAUGAUGUACUUCAUUCAAGCAAGUGACAUGGGAGCAUGGAAUGCUGUAGAAGAAGGAUACAUCAAACCUCUCACUCAUCCAAGGUUGUGGAGUGAAGGAGAGACAAGAAUGUUCCAGCUCAACUCCAAAGCCAUCCAUAUUAUUUUUUGUGCUCUUGGACCAGAUGAAUACGGAAGAGUUUCAUCGUGUACAACCGCCAAAGAAAUAUGGGACAAACUUCAAGUCACACAUGAAGGUACAGAUGAGGUAAAGAAAUCAAAAAUUAGUAUUCUAACGCAUAGCUAUGAAAAUUUCAGGAUGAAACCAAAUGAAGACAUCAAAGCUAUGACGGAUAGAUUUUCAACGAUUGUCAAUGGUCUCAAAUCAUAUGGAGAGAUCAUCUCAAAUGAAAAGCUUGUGAGGAAGUUAGUCUACUCCCUCCCAAAAUCAUGGCAAUCAAAGAAGACGGCAAUCAUCGAGUCUAAGGACCUAUCGUCCUUAACUCUUGAAGAACUUAUCGGUUCACUCCUCACUCAUGAGAUGAUGCUUGAAGAUGAGGAGAAGGAGAAGAAGAAAAACAUUGGAGUUGCUCUCAAAUCCACAAAAGAUGAGAGUGAUUCUAAUGAUGAUGAUGACGAGGAAAUGGCAUUGUUUGCCAAACGGUUCAGAUCAUGGUACCUUGAUAGUGGAUGCUCAAGACAUAUGACCGGAGACAAAAGCCGGUUCAUUGAGCUUAACGCCAAAAAUGGAGGAGAAGUGACUUUUGGAGACAAUUCAAAAGGUCACAUUGAAGGUAUUGGUACAAUAGGUAAUACCUCUUCCAUACAAAUUAAAAAUGUUUUAUAUGUGAAUGGAUUAAAGCAUAAUCUAUUGAGUAUUAGUCAAUUAUGCGAUAAAGGAUUCAAUGUCUUAUUUGAAAUUAAUGGUUGUAAAGUCAUUGACAUUGCAUCUAAUCGGAUUAUGCUUGUUGGUCAUAGAAUAGGAAACAUUUACAUGGUGCAUUUAGAUUCUAUUGAUAUGACUAAUUUAUGCCUAGUUGCUAAGGAUGAGCAUGAUAGUUGGUUAUGGCAUAGGAGACUAGGUCAUGCUAGUAUGAGUGUUUUGCAACGGCUAAUUCAAGGUGAUUUAGUUCGAGGGUUGCCUAAGCUUAAAUUUGAUAAUGAUAAAAUCUGUGAUGCUUGUGCUAAAGGAAAACAAAAACGAGUUUCUUUUAAAUCUAUUAAUGAUGUAUCAACUAGUAGAGUAUUACAAUUGAUCCAUUUAGAUCUUUUUGGGCCAACUAGAACUACUAGCUUGGGAGGAAAACAAUAUGCAUUUGUCUUGGUAGAUGACUAUUCUAGAUACACUUGGGUUCUAUUCUUAAGUACUAAAGAUGAAGCAUUAGAAAAUUUCAUCACAUUUUCAAAAAUAAUCCAAAAUGAAAAAGGUUACUCUAUCACUAGUGUUAGAAGUGAUCAUGGAACUGAAUUUGAAAAUCUUGGAUUUAUUGAGUUUUGUAAUUCUAACGGUAUUAGCCACAAUUUUUCAGCACCUAGAACCCCUCAACAAAAUGGAGUUGUUGAGAGGAAAAAUCGAACUUUAGAAGAAAUGGCUAGAACCAUGCUUUGUGAAAAUAAUUUGCCAAAAUAUUUUUGGGCGGAAGCCACAAAUACCGCUUGUUAUGUUGUAAAUCGAGUAAUGAUUAGGCCAAUUUUAAAGAAAACUCCAUAUGAAAUUCUCAAAAAUAAAAAGCCUAACAUUAGCUAUUUUCAUCCUUUUGGAUGUAAAUGUUUUGUUUUAAACAACGGUAAAGAAAAUCUUGGUAAAUUUGAUGCUAAAAGUGAUGAAGGAAUUUUUCUGGGUUAUUCCUUAAAUUCUAAAGCUUAUCGUGUAUUUAAUAAAAGAACUUUAGUUGUAGAAGAGUCUAUACAUGUUGUUUUCGAUAUGGAAGCAAUUAGAAUGUUAUUAGCAUUUGCAUGUUUCAAUGAAUUUAAAUUAUAUCAAAUGGAUGUUAAAAGUGCAUUUUUAAAUGGUUUUAUAAAAGAAGAAGUGUACGUGGAACAACCUCCAGGUUUUGAAGAUUCAAAUUUUCCGGAUCAUGUUUUAAAAUUGACAAAAGCUCUUUAUGGUUUAAAACAAGCUCCUAGAGCUUGGUAUGAAAGAUUGUCAAAUUUUUUAAUUGAAAAAGGUUUUUUAAAAGGAAAGGUUGACACUACAUUGUUUUUAAAGAGAAAAGGUAAAGAUUUAUUAGUAGUUCAAAUUUAUGUUGAUGAUAUAAUAUUUGGUUCUACUAAUGAUGUUCUUUGUCAAGAAUUUUCUAAGCUAAUGCAAAGUGAAUUUGAGAUGAGCAUGAUGGGGGAGCUCUCAUUUUUCUUGGGACUCCAAAUCAAGCAAAGAAAAGAUGGCAUCUUCAUUAAUCAAGCUAAGUACGUCAAAGAUAUGCUCAAGAAGUUUGGACUGGAAAAUGGGAAACCUCAUAACACUCCAAUGAGCUCUUCAACAAAGCUUGACUUAGAUGAAGGAGGUAAAUGUGUAGAUGUUAAAUUAUAUAGGUCAAUGAUUGGCUCUUUGCUUUAUCUAACUGCAAGUAGACCGGACAUUAUGUUUAGUGUUUGCUUAUGUGCUAGAUUUCAAUCAUGUCCUAAGGAAUCACAUUUACUAGCUGUUAAGAGAAUCUUUAGAUACCUUAAGGACACUCCUAGUUUAGGACUUUGGUAUCCUAGAGACUCUAGUUUUAGCUUGCAUGCUUUUUCUGAUGCGGAUUAUGGAGGAUGCAAAUUAGAUAGGAAAAGCACCUCCGGUACUUGCCAAUUCCUUGGAAAUAUGCUGAUUUCUUGGUUUUCAAAGAAACAAAAUUGUGUUGCAUUAUCUACCACUGAAGCUGAAUACAUUUCAGCUGGUAGUUGUUGUGCACAAGUUUUAUGGAUGAAACAACAACUUUUUGAUUAUGGAAUUGAAAUAUGUACUAUUCCUAUCAAGUGUGACAAUACUAGUGCUAUUUGUCUCACUAAAAAUCCCAUCCAACACUCUAGAACUAAGCACAUUGAAAUAAGACAUCACUUCAUUAGAGACCAUGUCACUAAGGAAGAUGUAGUUCUAGAAUUUGUUGAUACUUUGCACCAAUUAGCGGAUAUCUUUACAAAACCCUUAGACAAGGAAAGAUUUUGGACACUUAGGAGA